UGUUCAAAAUUUUGUGGUCCGUCGAGCACUUGCCGUGCCGCGACAUAUUGACGCAUGUCGCAUUCCAUAGUUCCAACACGCAGGACCUUUUAGGCUUUUAGUGUCUGUCUGGUGCUGAAGUUCUCCGAAUUUUCCAACCUAAGACCAAGUAGAGAAGAGAGGCAAUUAUGAUGAUGGACGAAUCACCUGUCAAGAUUAAAGCGCCAAGAAGGAAAAUUAAAGAUGUGGAGCUUGAGCAAUACUUGAGAUUGGAUGAAUACACAGAAUUGUCCAAAAAUGUUGAGGACCUUGCCAUGGACACUCUGAUGAGGCAGGCACCAAAAAUGCCUUUGGUUGCCUCAAUUUCCCUUUUGGACAUUCAAGAGACAGUUGGCUUAAUUAAAAUUCUGGAACAAAAGCUUGUUGGAAAGUCUCCUAAGCACAUCUCUAUGCUCUAUUUGUUGACUGAAUCGGUUGUGCUCAGCUAUGCCAACCCUCCAAUGAUUUGUGGACUGUUUGGGAAUGGAUUUGUCAACGCUAAAGGGUACCUAAAUUUCAGGAGAACUGCUUUUGGACUCUCAAGGCUGUGGAGAAUUUUGUUCAGCAGUUGCUACAAAGAUUUUGAAAAAAUCAAAACAGUUGAUACGGUUGUUGUAAAACGUUAUAUCCGAUUCUUGCGCAGCAUCAGUAAACUGUUCAGAGAUUUGGACAACAGGUGCGGAAGCAUUGUGAAAGCUAUUGACUUGGGCAGUCUGGCAGAUUUGGCUGAUCACUUCCUGACCUUGAUUAUAGAAAAGGUGCAAAAUAAUAAGGCUAAACCCUCAAGCCAAAUUAGUGCAGAGAAUGAAAAAGUCAAGGCUUCUUACAAUGUUCCUAAAAUUGCUCCCAUCUUUGCAAAAACUCACCAAUCUCAAAAAUUGGCUCUGGAAAAGUCUGCUUCUCCUCGUAAGCAGCCGUCGGAUAUUUCGCAAAGGCUGAAUGCAACGAAUAACAGCAAGCUGACCAGAUCACCUGAAAAAAUGCGUGAAGCCAAGGCUGUUUUGGAGAAGGUCGAAAGACUCAGUUACCAUAAGCCUUUGAAAAGACCUUACCCUUCGCCUAAGAAAGAUUUCUCAGGUAACCUUGCUGCACUUUCUCCCGAAAAGAAAAUUCGUUUCGAAUUUGAAAAGGAGAAUGAAAAAAGGACUAGAACUCCAUCCUUUUCAAACUCUGAUGCGUCAACUUCGGACUCUGAUUCAGAUCAUGAUCAACCACAAAGAUUUGGCACUGCCAAGGACGCAAGCUCAUCUUCUAGCUUUGCUUCGUCGUCCUUGAUGUCUCAAUCGUCAGCCUCUUCAGACUAUGACAAUGAAUUCUACGGCAAGUACACAUUCCUCAAGUUCUGAUUAUUAACACCAUUUUGACUAAAAAAUGUUCCGAAAUUACUCACUAAUAUAGAGUUUUGCAUUUUUCAAUGACAUAAAAUAAAGAUUCAAAAUUCAAAUUGAAAAUCCUUU